AUGGCCUUUAUGCGAUACCUCUGCCUCAUUGUUGCCGACAAGUGGGUGGACGAGUGGGACGCGGUGUUCACGCCUCAGUUUCUCCUGCCCGACGAGCCGGCGGCCAAGGCCGUCUGCUUUGCUUGCCAGGUCGCAAGCGUGGUGCGAGAUCACGGCGGUAUAUCAAUUGCGCGAAUAGAAAGCAGGCUUCAUAGCAAGGGAAUCAUCAAGGAUGACACUGAGAUAACGGACAAGAUGCUGCUGCAUCAUCUUGUCUUUAGCACCAUCGGCUGGUUGUCGACACUAUACAUCUCGGCUGAUCUCGCGAGCGCGGUAGAGCUAAGCAUUCUCCGCCGCUGCACCGGCACCGGCAAGCAUGCCAGUGUGGCGAUAGACAUGGUAUCUAGGCCGCUGGACGAGCUGCUGCGCGCCUUUGGAGAUUUAGUCCCUCUACCUGCUGUUAAUGGUCUCGCUCUAAACGCAGCAGCAGGGUGA